AUGCAACGUGAUUUUGCUAAAGUGGUGCUUCAAUCUUCCAAGAUCCUUCAAAAGGGGGACUGGGUACCAGAUUCUGGGAAUGACUAUAGUGAGCAACUCAUCGUAUUUAGUCUGUUAAUUAGCGCUUAUUUCUCUUCGAACGAUACUAUUGUGGCAAUUGGCUUGAGGCACUCAAGAGGUAUUCAAUCGGAUCAAGGCUUUGGAGUCGAAGGUAUCCGGUUAUAUCCAUCGCUGAGGUGCUCAUUUGUCAUAUACAAACCUCGUAUGGGCUUUCUCAUCGAAGCAAGAACAAAGAAUGGAUAG